AGAGAGAGAGAGAGAAAGAAAGAGAGAGAGAGAGAGAGAGAGAGAGAGAGACAGGGGAGUGAAUGGGCACGACUCAGUCAGCAGCUCUGCGCCCUUCACUUUAUCGAUAUCGAUCAGUUUGGAAACAUUUAGACCCACAGCGGGUCCGUUACAGACAGGCUAUCCCGGGAGCUAGCAAGAGCACCGGAGGCUACAGCGAUGGAACGCGUGUGAAGCAGCCCGGGAGCAACGGCAGCCUGGCGGACAGAGAAACAAGGAAGCGGACGGCUAGCUGCGCUACACCACCGAAGCUAACGUUGGCUAACAGUUGGCUAAUAUUAUUUCUAAUGAGCGACCAAGGAGUAUGCGACCUGAUACGAAGAGCUGACUUGUUCGGGGAUGUCGGGCAGUAAGGCGCUGGGCGGUGGGGCUGGCGGGGGGGCGCGGCGCAGGCGGACGCGGUGCCGGCGCUGCCAGGCCUGCAAGAGGACCGAGUGUGGAGAGUGUCACUUCUGCAAAGACAUGAAGAAGUUCGGAGGGCCCGGCCGCAUGAAGCAGUCCUGCCUGCUGAGACAGUGCACGGCGCCGGUGCUACCUCACACGGCGGUGUGUUUUGCGUGUGGCGAGGCAGGGAAGGAGGACACGGUGGACUCUGAGGAGGAGAAGUUCAGCCUCUCUCUGAUGGAGUGCACCAUCUGCAACGAGAUCAUCCACCCCAGCUGUCUCAAGAUGGGUAAAGCUGAAGGAAUCAUCAACGAUGAGAUCCCAAACUGCUGGGAGUGUCCCAAGUGCCACAAGGAGGGCAAAACCAGUAAGGACCAGGCGGACGGCUCGGGGAAGCGCCGGCUGGAUAACGGCGAGGUCGGCCGCUGGAAGCUCACAGACGACCCUCCCCCUAAAAAGAAAGCCCCUCCCUCCCUGGAGGAGGGGGGGAGGAUGAUGGAGGGGGGGCACAAGAGGAAGAAGGAGAAGGAGCUGCCGCAGGACAGCGGGCCCAAGAAGAAGAUGAAGGGUGCCCACGAAAAACGCCUCAAAAAGAAACCCAAACCGGAGGCGGAGUCCAACGGUCCCACCUCGUCAGCUGGAGGCGGAGCAGCAGGACUGCAGGGCUCCUCCUCUUCCUCCUCUUCUUCUCAACCCAGCGGGGGUGCAGGGGGGGCUGUGGGGGGGACGUCGAGUGCGGACCAGCGCUCGCAUCACCGAGAGAAACUAGAGCGCUUCAAGAGGAUGUGUCUGCUAGAGCGCCGGCCCGAGUCGUCGUCGUCUUCUUCCUCCAGUUCGGAGUCUGACUCCGAGUCCGACUCCGACGACUCCCUGAGGGGGGAGCAGGCAGGGGGCGGCUCCUCGCCGUCGUCCUCCCCCGCGCCGCCUCCUCCUGUCGCCUACGGCAACAGCAAGAGGGAGCGGGAGCGUCGUCUGGCCGAGCUGGGCUUCAGCGCCAGCGAGGAGUCGGAGGGGGAGGAGGAGCAGGGAGGGGGGGAGAAGGCUCGGCGGAGAGAGGCGGGGCUACCGCCGCGAGGACGGAAAGCCCCGCCGGACGGAGAGGACGAGGACGCACCCGCCUCUGACAGGACCAGGAAGAACUCCGCCUCCCUCCCCCCACCCUCGCCGCUCUCCUCCAAUCAGAUGCCUCCGUCCUCGCAGCACGACGGUGGCUUCCCGGGGAAGCAGCGCAGCAACGGGCAGGAGGCGCGCAAUGGGCGGACACGAGGAGGCGCGGGAGGGGGGAGGGAAGGCGGGGAGAAGGAGAACGCCAGCGGAGUUCUGAGCAAUCACAGACACAGCGGCGGGAACAAAGGUAGUGGUAGCCGCGGCAACAAGAUCCGCAGCAACAGUAAGGCGUCCAGGAACAGCACCGCGCCGCCUUCCGCCUCUCUCCCCACCUCCAACGGGGGAGCAGGCGGCCUCACAAUGUCAGCAAUGGCGGCGUCGCCCUGCUCGCAGCCGUCCCGCCUCGCCCCGCGCUCUCAGAUGAUGAAGCGCAGCCCGCCGGCCGUGCCCUCGCCGCCCCGGCCCGUUCAGAUGGAGCGCCACCUGGUGCGGCCGCCGCCCGCCUGCCCCGAGCCCAGCUGCCUGCCGUUGGAUUCUGGCUCCGCCCACAUCAUGACCCGCGACGUCUGGCUGCGAGUCUUCACGCACCUGAGCCAAAGAGAGCUGUGCGUCUGCAUGAGGGUGUGUCGCACCUGGAGCCGCUGGUGUUGUGACAAACGUCUGUGGACGCAGAUCGAUCUGAGCCGGCAGCGCUCCAUCACCCCCCCCAUGCUGAGUGGGAUCAUCCGCCGUCAGCCCGUCUCCCUCAACCUCGGCUACACCAACAUCUCCAAGAAACAGCUGAUGUGGCUCAUCAACCGCUUACAAGGUCUGCUGGAGCUGAAUGUGUCUGGCUGUGCCUGGCCGGCGGUCUCGGCUCUGUGUCAGGCCGUCUGUCCCUGUCUGAAGCUGCUGGAUCUCAGCAGAGUGGAGGACCUCAAAGACUCUCACCUGAGGGACCUGCUGGCCCCCCCACCGGACACCCGGACAGCUCACGGUGAAACCAGAGUGGGGCGUUUCCAGAACGUGACCGAGCUGCGAUUGGCCGGUCUGGACCUGACAGAUGCGUCGUCCCGCCUGCUGGUGCGUUACGUCCCUCACCUGAGUCGCUUAGACCUGAGCCAGUGUGGGAACAUCAGUGACCAGACGGUGCUCACCCUCUCCUCCCCUGUCUCCCCCCUGAGAGAGAGCCUCACACACAUCAACCUGGCAGGUUGUGCCAAGGUGACGGAGCAGUGUGUCUCGUUGCUGCGUCGCUGUUCCUCUCUUCAAACGGUGGACCUGCGCUGCUGCUCCCUGUUGUCCUCGGAGAUGGGACAGCUGCUGUCCUUCCCCCCCCACUCCUCCUCCUCAUCCUCCUCCACCUCCUCGUCCUCCUCUUCCUCGUCUGCCGCCGCCGCCACGCUCGCUGCUGCUGCCUCCUCCUCUUCCUCCUCCUCCUGUCCUCUUGAAGAAAGAACGCUGCUAAAGAACAGCUAAAACCCUCCUUAAUGUUUCUGGGACUUGUGAUUGGUCCAGGUGGCUCCAAGCCCCGCCCCCCAGCCUCUCUACACUACAGACAGAAGAGGAGGAAGAGGAGGAGGAGCCUGAACAUUUCUCCUCUCGUACAGAGAAGAUGAAGAGGAGGAAAAACAUUUUGGGAAAGUUGUGGGUAAUAGUGAAAAAAUAGAAACCCUGAGCAUGUACAUAUUUGUUCUCUGUACAAUUUUGGGUGUGUGUAUAUAUCUGUAGUUUACUGUAAAUGACCCCAAACCCCUUUCACUCCUUCUUCUUCGUCCGUCCUACCACGCUACGACCAAUCAUCACGCCCCACGUCCAUCUGCAGGAAACUGUAGCGCUGCAACUACCGAUAAUGUGUGGAUUAUGUUCUGGAUGAAUGGAUGAGUAGUUCUGUCUCUAAAAUGUGGAUCAGUGUUUCCCAAAAAGCCCAAGAUAUCGUCCUCAAAGAUAUUGAGUUUCCUGUCCCAGAGGAGAGAAGAAACUAGAACAUAUUCACAUUUAACAAGCUGACAUUGCACAAGUUUACCUAUUUACUUCAGUCCCCCCCUCCCAAAAAGGGAAAAAAAACAGGAAGUCAGAAACUUGUAGCUUUGUUUCUUUGUGUCUCGCUCGGCUAACUGUUUCCCUCUGCUUCCAGUUUUCGUGCUAAGCUAGGCUAACAGUUUCCCUCCGCUUCCAGUCUUCGUGCUAAGCUAGGCUAACAGUUUCCCUCCGCUUCCAGUCUUCGUGCUAAGUCCGUUUCUAAAGACGGCCGCUGUGUCUCCACUUCCUCCCGCUGCGUCUCCCGGAUAUACGGGCGCCAAAGACUGUGUGGUAUUGAUUGGCCGUUUUCUUCAUUUUUGAUCGAAAAACUUAGAAGACAAAAAGUUCGAGAAUUUAUAGAAUAAAAGUCUGAAUAUUUCAAGACCAAUCAGGAGUCAAUCCCGACUGCCAAUCAUGAGGUUUCAGCCCGGUUUUUACAGCAUCAAAUAAAACCCAAACUGACAUCACAACCACCGAACUUCGUUGGGACGGGUGAUUGGACUAUUUAGUUUGGGGGCGGUGCUUAUGAGCUAUACUGUCCCCCCAGCCACCAGGGGGCAGACCAGAUGUUUUGGCUUCACUUACCCUCUUAACCCAGUUACCUAUAACACCCCUCUGUAGAUCCACAGAGACAGACACUGAGUUUAUUCACACUGAACGUAAACCCAAACCACUGACUGUUCCAAAUAAAGUUUAUUCAAACGGGACAACCUUAAGAUAAACAUAAUACCCUGUAUGUAUCAUUUCAGGCAGUUUUGCCUGAUACACUUAAUCAUUGAUGAAAAUAUCUGCUGAUUAAUUUUCUGUGGCUGGAAUAAUCCGUCAGUUUGGAUGUGAGCAGCCUUCAGAGCGUGAGCGUGUUUCCUGAAGAUAAAUAUAAAUAAUAAAGUUUAGCCAAGUUUAUAUAGAACAAGAAGUAUUGAAAGAGAGAAUCAUCAGACCAGAGUCCAGCCAGAAAAACAGAUUCUGUAGAGACGAGGCUGCAGUCAGAGACAACUCAGACGUGUGUGUGUGUGUGUGUGUGUGUGUGUGUGUGUGUGUGUGUGUG